CGCGGCCAGCUGUGAGGGGAGCAGAGAAAGCAGCCAGGAGAGUACUAAAGAGUCCUGAAGAGUCCUGAAGAGUACUGAAGAGUACUGAAGGGACAAAGAACCGCUGCUCCACACCUCAUCCUCCACAACAGGUUGGAAACCUCGAAGUCUGCCUCUUGUAAAGGGUGUGCUGCUUGUUCUUCGCCUGUCAGAAUCACUGUCUUUUUCUCCCUCGUCCUGCAUCAUGCUGCGCCUAGGUGCCAUCCACUGUGUCUUGUCCACUUUGCUGUGUACGUGGACGCUGUGCAAUGCCCAGACAAACUCUGGCACCCCUGUAAUUCAGCUACGUCUAGCCGGAGAGAAGAGGAAACACUAUGAAGGCCGCGUGGAAGUUUUCUACAAUGGAGAGUGGGGGACAGUGUGCGAUGAUGACUUCUCCAUCUCCGCUGCCCAAGUAGUGUGCAGAGAGCUUGGCUUCAUUGAUGCAGAGACCUGGUCGCCGUCAGCCAAGUACGGAAAAGGAGAAGGCCAUAUCUGGCUAGACAAUGUGCACUGCACUGGAGGAGAGAAGAGCCUGGCUCAUUGCCAUUCCAAUGGCUUUGGUGUGUCUGACUGCAAACAUUCAGAAGAUGUUGGAGUGGUGUGUAACCAGAAGCGCAUUGCAGGCUUCAAGUUCAUCCGGAACCAGGCCAUUAACGAUGAGAGAAUGACGGUGCAGGUGGAGGAUGUGAGGAUCAGGGCCACUUACUCUCACAGAAAGAGGAUUCCCAUUACAGAUGGCUUCUUGGAGGUGAAAGAUGGAGGCAAGUGGAGACAGAUCUGUAAUGAGGGGUGGACAGAGAAGAACACCAGGGUCAUCUGUGGCAUGUAUGGCUUCCCCGGGGAGAAACGCGUGAAUACCAGACCCUAUAAAUUGCUGGCCAAGCGUCGUAAGAAGAACUACUGGGGUUUCUCUGUCAAUUGCACCGGCAAUGAGGCCGACCUGUCCGAUUGUAAGCUUGGCAGAGAAAUAGAGCUGAAGGGCAACAGCACCUGUGAUAAUGGCAUGCCUGUAGUGGUCAGCUGUGUGCCUGGACGUGCCUUCGCUCCUAGUGUCAGCGCCGGUUUCAGGAAGGCCUACAGGGUGGAGCAACCCUUGGUGCGUCUAAGAGGCGGCGCUAUGAUUGGCGAGGGGCGAGUAGAGGUGUUGAAGAAUGGAGAGUGGGGGACAGUGUGUGACGACAACUGGAACAUUCGAGCUGCCACCGUGGUGUGCCGAGAGCUGGGAUUCGGUAGCGCCAAAGAGGCCUUAACGGGUGCCAGACUGGGACAAGGGAUUGGGCCGGUCCACAUGAACGAGGUGGAGUGCUCUGGGUUUGAAAAGUCACUGACUGAGUGCUACUUCAACCGUGACGCCCUGGGCUGCAGCCAUGAGGAAGACGCAUCAGUCAGGUGUAACAUUCCUGCCAUGGGCUUCCACAAAAGACUUCGGUUAGCUGGUGGCCGUAAUCCCUAUGAGGGCCGUGUGGAGGUGCUGGCAGAGAGGAAUGGCUCUCUGGUGUGGGGCACAGUGUGCAGUGACAGCUGGGGGACCAUGGAGGCCAUGGUGGUGUGCAGACAGCUUGGCUUAGGCUUUGCCAGCCAUGCUUUCCAGGAAACAUACUACUGGCAAGGAGAUGCCUCAGCUGAUGCAAUCAUAAUGAGUGGAGUGAGAUGCUCAGGAGCUGAGUUAAGUCUGGAACAGUGUCUGCAUCACGGGAAGCACACUCACUGUCCCAAAGGAGGUGGACGCUUUGCUGCUGGAGUCUCUUGUACUCAAGCGGCCCCGGACCUGGUCCUCAAUGCCCAGUCUGUGGAGCAGACCACCUACCUGGAGGACAGACCCAUGUACGUGCUGCAGUGUGCCCAUGAGGAAAACUGUCUGUCCAGUAGUGCUGACAAAGCCGACCCCAGCUCCUACCGCCGCCUUCUCCGCUUCUCCUCCCAGAUCCACAACAACGGCCAGGCAGACUUCAGACCACGGGCAGCACACCACUCCUGGAUCUGGCAUGAGUGUCACAGACAUUACCACAGUAUGGAGGUGUUCACCCAUUAUGACUUGCUGAGUCUAAAUGGCACUAAAGUGGCAGAGGGACACAAAGCCAGCUUCUGUCUGGAGGACACUCAUUGUGAAGAAGGUAUCCAGAAGAGGUAUGAAUGUGCAAACUUCGGGGCACAGGGCAUCACAGUUGGCUGCUCGGAUACCUACAGGCACGACAUUGACUGUCAGUGGAUAGACAUCACAGACUUGAAGCCCGGCGACUACAUCUUGCAGGUUGUGAUAAACCCUAAUUAUGAGGUUGCAGAAUCAGAUUACACCAACAACAUUAUGAAGUGCCGCUCCAGGUACGAUGGACAGCGGAUAUGGACAUACAACUGUCAUAUAGGUGGCUCACUGAGUUCAGAAACAGAGGAAACGUUCCCUGGAUUGCUGACCAAUCAGCUUUCACACAGGUAGACCAAAGCUGGACAACGCAGACAUAUGGACGGACAUUAGGGAAGAGUAUAUUAAUACUGGACAACCACUAGAGGGGGCUGUGCUGCUGUGCAUCCUUGCAGAGCUGGAUUGUUGUUGAGACCAGUGCUCAACUGGUACAAUAGAUGAUGAUUCAAUGGGAAAAUGAACUGCUUGCUUACUAAAUCUAUUAACCACAUUCAGCUGUACAAAAUUGUUCUUAUUCAUUAAGUGCCUUCAUCAGUGAAAUGAAGAGUUUAACCUGGUGCUUAUUGGGGGAGAUGUCAGGGAGGGCUGUAGCCAAAUAACUUAUUAAAUUAACGGUGCCAAAGGUUAUCCUGAUAGCCAAAGUUUCAAGAUUUUGGAAAAAGGAAAACUAUUAGAUCAGACUUUGAACCUGGAUGAAAAAUGCUAAGAUGCUAAAUCUGGUGCUAAAACUGAAUCUUGCACUGCAUGUAUUAACCCUGAAACAGUUUCAUAUAAAAGGGUCUGCGUCCACAGUAUUGGACAGUUCAAGUUAAAGGCUUUAACUAAACAAAAAAAUGCAGUACAUUGUUAUAAUUACUGUAAAGCAACACGUCACAUUUAUGGCAACAACUCAACUGACAAGACAAAUAACUUAUAAAGAUUGUAUUUCUAUAAAAGAUGACAACUUGUAACCAAAACUGUAAUAUAGGCUACUUAAAAGUUGGAUUUAUUUUUACAUUGUCUGUUCGGGCCCCUCCAAUGCUGAAAACCUAUGACAACAGUUGCUUUGAUUUGUAAAGACUUUCAGUGAUAAAUUGUCAGAAUUAAGCUGAGUGGGAAACUGCUUUUUUUUUCUUCCAAGAAUAUAUAUUCCACACACUUUCCCUAUUUAUUGAUUUCAUUCUUGGUUUCUACAAAAGACACAUUUUCAUCAUCAUGAUCUAUGUACCCCCUCAGCUUCUUUCUCAGUGUCUUAAUUUUGUUGUAUUAUUAUUGUCAGGGACUAUGAUGACAUUGUGGAUGUUCUGUAAAAGCCACACAUGUCUGUGAAAAUGCCUCCUUGUUGUUUUGUAAAUUAGUUUUUUUUAAUGCAACAAAGUGAAGGAUCCUUCAUUCUAAAAAGGGUACUUGUUGCUUGCUGCCUGACUGUUUUUAUUUUGUAUGCAUGGGUGAAUGUGGAAAAGCAUUACAUUAAAAAAUGGUUAAACCAGA